CUUGUUUACAGAAUGUCUUUUCGUGUGAAAUACGCUUUUAAGCAAGAUUCGUUAUGAGGAAACGACGCAGACUUCAGUCCACCUUAAAAUUUUUUGUUUGUGAAAAACAUGGCGCUACGUGGUGCUGGCGAAUCUGAGCGCCCCGCCCUCAACACGAUGUUCAGCCGUUCGCCCCACACACUGACAGGAACAGGACAGCCAAGAAACUUCGGGCUGUCAAAAAACAGCAAGCAUUGUUCUGGGGAGACGGUACCGAAGUCAAUGACUACGUUAGCCCUGUGUAGCAUUCCGUUGUAAGAGGUUAGCCACGAGCCGGGGUCGGUUCGCGUUUACAAAUCUCCUUGUGAAGACCCAGACAUGUCAGGAGAGGCGAAAUUUGUGAGCCCUUUCCACAGACCCCACUGUUUAUCUGCAGCAGCACCAGCGGGGAAGGCGAAACUAACGCACCCGGGAAAAGCCAUUUUAGCUGGUGGGAUUGCUGGAGGGAUUGAAAUCUGCAUCACUUUCCCAACAGAGUAUGUGAAGACUCAGUUACAGUUAGAUGAGAAGGCAAACCCCCCACGCUACAAAGGCAUUGUUGAUUGUGUGAAGCAAACAGUCCAGAGCCAUGGGGUGAAAGGCUUGUACCGGGGCCUCAGCUCCCUGCUUUAUGGUUCCAUCCCCAAAGCAGCUGUGAGGUUUGGAGUGUUUGAGUUUCUCAGUAACAAGAUGAGGGACGAGGAUGGGAAGCUGGACAGCACACGAGGGCUGAUCUGCGGCCUGGGCGCAGGUGUGGCUGAGGCUGUAGUGGUGGUGUGUCCUAUGGAGACAAUAAAGGUCAAAUUUAUCCACGAUCAGACGUCAGCCAACCCCAAGUAUCGAGGCUUUUUCCACGGUGUAAGAGAAAUAGUCAGAACACAAGGCCUUAAGGGAACAUAUCAGGGAUUGACAGCAACAGUAUUGAAGCAAGGAUCAAACCAAGCUAUUCGUUUCUUUGUUAUGACGUCCUUGAGAAACUGGUACAAAGGUGACAACCCCAACAAGUCCAUAAACCCUCUGCUGACUGGAGUGUUUGGAGCCAUAGCUGGAGCUGCCAGUGUAUUCGGAAACACACCACUUGAUGUGAUUAAGACUAGAAUGCAGGGUCUAGAGGCUCACAAAUAUAAGAACACCGUAGACUGUGCCAUCAAGAUUAUGAGACAUGAAGGACCGGCAGCGUUCUACAAAGGGACUAUUCCGAGACUUGGGCGAGUCUGCCUGGAUGUGGCAAUCGUGUUUGUGAUCUAUGAGGAGGUGGUGAAGGUUCUAAAUAUGGUGUGGAAGACAGAUUAACGCAGAGAGUGCACUGUGAUGCAGACAGAGCUUGGUGAACAUGGCCUGACCUUCACAGCAUCCCAGUGAUGUGCCACAUGGGAACAUGCAGUCUGGAGGCUAAAUAUGUGAUUAAAGCCGUGCAUGUGCUCACAAGCGGCAAAGUCAAGAGGCUGCUAAUCUACUAAAGUUGCCCGUUAUAAUCAAGACAGAGAAAACAUUUCCCUAAAUAAUGUGAGGCACACAAAUACUUGAAAAUUAGCUAAUAGGAAAAUAAUUUGCUUUUUGUAUUAAUGAGAAUCAUCAAUAAUGGGAAAAGUAAAAGAAAGGCUUAACUCAUGUUUUAGCAUAAAAAACUUGCCUUUUUGGUGUCACAC